GAGACGUCCGCGACACCGCCUCCGUAAUCGAUUGGAUUGCCCAGCGCGAACCCAGUCAUGUCGAUUGUGUCCUGCGCAGCCACCGCGGCGGUUCCCGCCGCGGCUCCCCGCUUCGCCGGUCUCCGCCGCGUCGCCGGCCCCGCGGCUCUCAACCGUGAUGUCGAGCAGCCCUCCGCGGUGACCCUCCAGGUUUCCGGGAGGUCCAACUCUAGGGCCUCCAGGCGAUGCGUCGCCACGAUGGCCGGCACCGGCCGCUUCGUGGUCGGCGGCAACUGGAAGUGCAACGGCAACACCGCGAGCAUCCAGAAGCUGGUGCAGGAUCUCAACGCGGGCGAAAUCACCGCCGACGUGGAGGUCAUCUGCGCUCCCCCCAUGAUUUACCUGCCCCGCGUGCAGUCCACCCUGGACCGCAAGUACCAACUCUCCGCGCAGAACUGCUGGGUCGGCGAGGGCGGCGCUUUCACGGGCGAGGUCGCAGCGGAGAUGCUCGCGGAUAACAACAUCCCCUGGGUCAUCCUCGGCCACUCGGAGCGCCGCGCCCUCCUCGGCGAGUCCGACGAGUUCAUCGGCCAGAAGGUUGCGUAUGCCAUCUCCAAGGGCCUCUCCGUGAUGGCUUGCAUCGGCGAGACUCUGGAGGAGCGCGAGCGCGGCGAUACCCUGAACGUGUGCCGCAGGCAGCUGCAGGCGAUCGUGAACUGCAUCUCUCCCGCCGACUGGGCGAAGGUCGUCAUCGCCUACGAGCCCGUGUGGGCCAUCGGGACCGGCAAGGUUGCGACGCCGGUGGAGGCGCAGGAGACGCACGCGGGUAUUCGCAAGUACAUGGCGGAGGCGGUGUCCCCGGCGGUGGCGUCCGCGGUGAGGAUUCAGUACGGCGGGUCCGUCAACGCUGGUAACUGCGAGGAGCUCGCCCGCUGCGAGGACAUCGACGGGUUCCUCGUCGGCGGCGCGUCCCUGGAUGGCGCGGCGUUUGUCACCAUCUGCAACUCCGCCAGGUUCAACAACUAAAUCUGCUCUGAUAAAAAUUGUCAGAAUGAGAAUUCGAGGACGCGCUCGCGUUGACACACGCGACGACGCACACGACACGCGUCGGGACCUCCGCACUUGGAUGAGGGCGGCGAAUACCUCGUGGUUCUACCCCGGUUGUUGGCUGAUUCGAUUUAUUGCGCGCGGCGCGGCGCGACUUGCCUGUGAAUAUGGUUGACUCUUUUUUAUUGUAACGAGAACCAAACUU